AUGAUGGAACAUCACAAAAAGAAUUUGGAAGGAUUGGAAGGUCAAGAAAAGGCCAAGGCUGAGUCAAAAGUUUUUAGAGAAGCUGCUGACAAGAUUGGUCUCUCAGAAGCUACCAAACUCACUCACAAGUCAGCCAUUAGAAAUUACCUUGGUUUUUGUAUUGAAAAGGGUUAUUCUCCAUUUGUUACCACAGCUUGUGGCUCUCAGAUCAAUUUAGAAACCUAUGAUUCAUGGGUCUUGUGGUUAGUAGAACCAAAAGAGAAUGGCAAAACAUUCAAAUACAAUACGGUUAAACGUUAUGUCAGUGCCUGUAGAGCUUGGUGUUGUAGACAUUUCAUCAAGUAUGCAAGAGAAAAGAAGUCUUACGAAGCUAUUCAACAAAUGAAGACUGCAUCGAAAUUGGUGGACGUGGAGGAGGUACAAGCAGCCAUCUUACCACCCAUUGAUAUUUUUCGAAUGUUGCAUGGGUGUGAUUGGAGCUCUGAAAAGGGGUUAAGACUAGCCAGUCGAAUGCUCGUUUCAUUUGUUUCAGGAGCUCGUCCUCUUUCCCUUGCUAAAAUUCAAUUGAAGCACUUGCAAUUACAACCCAAGUUUAUGAAUGGUAAACUCCAAUCCAUGGAUGUUCGAGUGAAAAUUGUCCAUGAUAAGGUUGAAAGUGUUGCAAAUAGACACCAAACAUGGUUUUCUGGAAAUCGAGUGGGUUUGUGUAACAUCAUUUUGCUCAUGCAAUACUUGUCAAAAAGACAAGUAUUCACUCAUGGAACUUUUGAAAAUGCUCUCAAACAUGAAUUUAUUCAAUUCAAGAAGGAAUGUUUGGAUGAAUACUUGUUCAGUGACAUUGGAAAGGGUCUCGAACCACAACCAUUAGAAAAUUUUAGAUAUGAAUUGAAAUGUAUUGCCAAAAAUGUUGGAAUUCAAGAAGAAAAGGUUUGUCCCUAUUCCUUCAGAAGAUCAGGAGCCACAUGGUCCGUAGGUAACUCCAUCAUUGAGAAGGGUUCUAUUACCCAAAAUGAUCUUGAAGUCAUUAUCCGAUAUUAUGGAUGGAAAUUUGCUGCCAGCAAUGAAAUUGCACGUAAAUACAUGGACAAGAGAUUACUCGAAUUCUUUGAUGGAGCCAUUCAAUUUAUGGGUUUGCAAUCCAAUCGAAAAUGGACAGAGGAAGAUUUGGAGAGAAAAUUUAGAAAAACUCCUUCAGAUGAACCUGGAUACAAUUAUCACUCGAUUCGUUUAGCAAUGCCAGACUAUUUCAAAGAAGAAAUUGCAAAAUUCCAUCAAAUUCAAUACAAUGAAUUGAUGGGGGAGAAUAUUGCCAAAGCAAUUGAUCGAUGGACUUUUGCCAAGCUCCAACAAUUACAAGUUGCGACAAGUAUCGAUGUGAAAGUCAACUUGGUCACAUUAUACCGCUUGUUUCUCCAUUUCAAUCGAAUCAAGAUUCUUGACCAGUUAAAAUCUCUGACAUGUUUUCAUGGGGAUGUGAGUCAUGCAGAAAUGGCCAUGGAGGUUACUGGAGAUGAUUCUACUAAGAUGAAGCCACCUCAAUUGACUAGUGAGGUGGUCAAGGGUACUCCUCAAUUGACGAGUGAGGUGGCGGUUGUGACUCCUCCUCAAUUGACGAGUGAGGUGACCAAUGAUACUGCACCUCCAUCAGCGUGUGAGGAAAAUCGAACACCAAAGGACAUGACCUCUCUUUUGGAACUUUUACAAUCGAUUGCACAAGAAUCCUCUUCGAACACGACUCGUGUUUCAGACGCUCCCAAAGAAAGUAACAUCAAUACACCCUCUGGUCUCUCUUUCAACUUGUUAAACCACAAAAAGGAAGAGAGAUUGUUAAAUUCCGAGUUACCACUCCCCAAGAACAAGCAUGGUCAACAUGUGAGUGCACAAUUAUUUUGGACCUCCUUGAAACCAGGACCUAAAAUGAAAAAACCUGUACGAAAGGAAAACAAACGAAGAAUGAAUGAGAAGAAUUGGGAAAAGAUUAUUCCACGUAUUGCCAUGGAUGCUGCCACCUUGCUGAACAAAUAUCCACAACUGGUGGAUCAAAUCAAAGCAACCAAAGAGUAUGGUUUGGCUCUUGACUGGUUGAGUGAGUUUGAGAGUUAUGGAACGUGUCAACGCUUGGAGAGUCGAUUGAGCACCUUUCCAAAUUGUGGGUACAUUGAACAAUUUAUUGUGAGCGUAAUUGAGCUUACGAAUGCCUCCUUCAAGAUCAUUACGGAAAUUUGGAUUCGAGAAGAGAUUAUAUCUCCAAGUACAGAUAAUCCUAGAAUGUAUGAAAUUAAUAGUGGACAAUUAUUGGAGGCUCAAAAUGUAUACUCAUUGAGAGAUGUUAAAGGUGAUGAGAUUGAUGAAAGUUUUAUUCCAGUCUCGGCACGUACCGUUGUUCAUCUUGAUGCAUCUCAAGUGACAUUGGAAAAUUAUGAACAUGCCUCCAAAGACAUUCUCAGACAAUUCAUGAGGAAGAAAUUAGGAUCUAUCAGCAACAAAAUAAUUAACUAUCUGACAACGGGUAAUCUUGUGCAAGCCUCAAAGACAAUAUUGGAGAGUGAGCGUGAUAAAUUGGAAAUUGAUGGAGAUGCAUUGAAGAAGGAGCUUGAAGAAAUUGCAUUGAAAAACAAAGAAGCAUCACCGUUGUCUGACACUGCUAACAAAACGGCUCAUGAAUUGACCUUGGCAGACUACAAACAAGCAACAUCGAACGGUUUGCGAUCGUUUAUUCGCUCUCGAUUGGGAUCCAUUAGCAAUGAUGUUAUCAAUCAUUUAGUGAAGAAGGAAAUGCAACAAAUUGUAGAGCAAUUGUUGAAAGAGAAAAGUACACACGAGGAAAUUAAGUCACAAAUGAUCGACUGGUCCAAUGCAAACAAGGAACGCAAAAAAAAACAAUCCUCCAAAAAACGUACCAAAGGUGGCAAGAAAAAGAAAGACGAUAUUGAAGACUGUAACGAGAAUGAGGAACACAAAAAACUAAAGAGAAAACAGAAUAAGGAUUCUAACACCAAACAAACCAAGAAAUCCAAGAAAUAA